CACGUUUCAUUUAGAGAAGUUGUACCCAGUUGUUCGGUCAUGUUGUAUGGAAUUCCCUGCUUGUUUCUUGUCUUUAUGAUUUGGGGCUCAGGUCAUGGUGGGCCCCUGACAGACCCUCACCCCAACAUCACAGACCAGCAGCUGUUUUGGGGCGCUGACCAGUACGACUUCUCUGUGGUGCUGCGUGCUGCUGGCCAGGACUGUUUCUGGCACUUUUCUCAUUAUGGAGAGACAUUUUACCUGAACUUCAUGGUCCAGUGGGUGACAGGAGUUGGCCAUGACAGACACCUCUCUGUCACCGUCAACGCCCCCAGUGGUUUGUUAGUGUCUACAGUUGAUGAUGCAAAGGGUCAGAUCAACUUUAAAGCCAAAGAAACUGGUUUCUAUCAGAUGUGUUUCAACAACUUCCAUAACCGCUUCGGCACCAUGCAGGUCUUCCUCAGCUUUGGUGUUUACUAUGACAACUAUAAAGACUCCUCCAUUGGCAAGGAGGAGGAGAAGAAGAAGAAGGAGGAAAUCAGCAAAGACCUGAACAACACACUGAGCGUUAUAGAGGGUGCAACCCACAAGGUGGAGAACUACAUCUUCCACAUGUUCCGCUACUACAGCUUUGGCCGCAUGAGGAAGAGCGCAGACUUCUUCCUGCUGCUGUCCAACUCACAGUACAUCACCUGGUGGUCGACAGCCCUCAGCCUGCUCAUCGUCACCUCUGGUUAUCUGCAGCUCCUCUUCCUUAAAAGCCUCUUUGUCAGUAAGACGACCACUGAGGAUGAGAAGCCCCGAUGCUGACAGACUCCAAGUCAAAACUUGAGGGUGUCUAAGAUGGAAAUGCAGCCACAAAUUAAGCUGAAAGAUUGUGAUGUGACUUGUCUUUCUGCUAUUUUAUUUGUGUGCUUGUGCUUCAUUACAAAACAUUUGAAUAAAGAUAA